AUGGCCUAUGGCAUUCCAGAGAUAAAUACAAAUAAAAUAUACCCCAACACUUUAAAACUGUCCAAGCCUAAGGUAGCUGUCUCAAAGCCUUCCCUUUGGGGUAGCCAAAUAAGCAUACUUCUGGUAUUUGAAAUCAACAUUAUUCCGAAAGCCGAAGUGAAAACCUCGCAAAGCUGGCUUAGCCUGAUGAACAAUAGCGCUGAAGGAAUACCAUUGAAUGAAGCUAAAUUGAAUGUAGAUACAACAACACUUAAACUGUUAACCAUCCUAAUUAAAGCUCUUCAUGAAAACAAAUAUCUCUAUAAAAUUGGUGAUAAUUCUACCCCAAAACCAAACCCAGCCUACGAAAGACAACAUACGACUGAGUUUACAUACAAGAAAAAUGUUUUUUCUGAUCGAAAAAACUGGUUAAGAUUUCCAACAUCUAGAGUACUUGCGAUCGAAUAUAAAACGUCACCUAUAAUGUAUUUUAAAACUUCAAAAAACGAUUACUUUACAAAGAUUCGAAAAAUCAGAGACUAUAAAAGAAUCAUGAAUUAUGUGGACAAAAUGAUAAGUGACCGCGUAACCUUCGGUUCUACUCAACCAAUGAAGAAAUAUGAAGAUUAUGUGCCAGAGAGUACACAUAUCCCAACCAUAGUUACAAAGCCAAUAAACCAGCAUUUGAAUAUUAAAAACUUUAAAGGAGAUUCUUUGAUGUCUCAAAUAUUAAUAACUACAACUAAGAACACGACUCCAAGAAACGAAAGAUUAAAUAGUUGUAAAUGUCCCACGAAAAUAGGCGAAAUAUUAAAUAAUUUACUAUCGAAUAUAAAACUUUUGAUGCCGUACUAUACUACUACGGAAUCUAUAACUCAUACCUCACCUUGUGACAAUACAAAUGCGAAAUUUCAUUCUUCUAAAGAGAAAGGUACUUCCAUUAAUCCUACAGUUUCUAAAGAAUUUGAAAAUUUUAAUGAAAAACGUUUAAGAGAAACAGGGACACAAUCGCAUAAUACACCUAAUUUAAAAGCAAUUAAAGAGGUAUACAUGCCGUCGAAGCCAAAACAGUUUAAAGAAAAUCACACCAAUAAUACCAUUGUAAGCAUACUACAUCCUAAAUUUACUACUCAGAAAAUGUUUUCAAUCAAAACUCACUCAGAACGAAUUAUUACGACACCACCAAUGGUUAUCGAAAAGACUGAGACGUACGAAGAAAAAUCCACAAAGCCGAUAUCUAAUAAAAAAAUUGUUAGAUAUGACCCAUUACAUUUCAAUAUUAUUUCAACAGGCAGUAAAUUGCAACAUGAGAAAAACAAUAUUAAAAAAAUAUCAUCAGAACUAGAUUUCAAUGAAAAAAAUUACGUAGAAGAUUUUGGUUCUACUACAGAUAUAUCUGAUAGCUUUAUAAAUCUUGACGUUAACGGUUUAGAACUCGUUAAAAGAAAGAUAAUAACCUCGCGCAAAAAAAUGAAAAACAUCAUUAUCAAACAACCAUACACAAAUAGAAAAAUCAAUCAUUCUAACAAAAUACCCAAAGCAAAGUCGUAUGAUGAUUAUAGUAACACGCCGUUAGAUUCAAGAAAAAUAUUUUAUCCUUUCAUGUCUGUACACUAUUUGUAUCAUCGUCAUAAUACAACUAUGCAACUAACUUCACCAAAAACUAUAACUGAAUUUGUAUCAGCAACAAAAACAAAGGCAUUAUCAAUACCAGAAAUUACGGGUAGAACAACACUUAUAAUCUCUACAACAGAAGUUCCGGUAGCAACUACAGCAUUUAUCGCAAAUACCAGAAAACCAUCGAAAUUCAAUGGAAAAAUUAAUGUUAUAAAGAAUAUAUCAGAAACUAAAUUUCAAAUAAUGAAUCAAAAAUCUAAGGAAGAAUCUACUUAUCGUUCGGAAGAGAUAAACUUGGAUGAUGAUUUUGAGAAAAUUAUAAUUGAAGAAAACUAUCAAGAAGAUGAUUUAAAAGAUAAACCUACAGAUGAUACUAUGAGCACUCUAUCGAAUGACGUAUUUCUGGAGCAGAAUGUAGGACAUAUUCUUCCAAAGUUACCUAACAAGCAAGCAGAUUUUAAAGGAAAAGAAGAAAUGACUGAUUUUUUUUUAACAUCAAAAGCUCUUCAUAAUAAACCUCGUUCAUAUCUUGAAAUUCAAAGAAAUUUUUUGAAACAUGAUGACAACUACGAUUUGAAUUGA